AUGAAAAACACCAAGAGUCGAUCUUUGAGUCCAACUCUACCAGAAGAGCGUGACUACCCCAACAGUUCUAGCCAGGUUAAAACACUCGCGGAAACGCAGCAUGAGAUGAUUGAUGGCAUUGGCAACAAACAACUGGCGAGUCGUCUCUACAAACGCACACUGAAAAUCUUCACAAGGGAAGAGCGAUUGAAGGCUAUUGAGUUCUACCGGACACAUGUGCAUAUCAACCCCCAGACAGGCGAAGAACGCAGUCUUUCGAUUGCCAGCGCCUCUGAGGCACUUUAUAUCAGCGAAUCUACGUUGGAGAGAUGGGUCAAGGCAGAAACAAAGAUCACAUCUAUGAGACACGGAAAUUCCAGAGAUGAUGGCGAAAGAUAUGCAUCUGCCUCUGUGUCUGAGCGGUUCAAAUCUGGAAAUUAUCCUUUUCUCAGACUGACACCCGAGCAACUUUCUGCAAAGAAAUACGUAAAGGGAAAAGAUCUUUACAAGUUACAUCCCAUUACCCAUCCGGUACCGUUCAUAAGCAUCGAAGGGGGGCGUCGAGGUAAGAUUGAGAGCUUUGCGGAUGCCUAUAAAUUUCUCGGACACGCGGAGGACACUUUGCAUCCUGGACACCCUCGUGAACCUGGUUCAGAUUUGGAGACACAGCCCCAAAAAUUCGUUAUCGAAGCUGCUGCCCCUUGUCUCGAGAGCUUACCAGGACAUGGUCUAAGAAAUGAGAGGCCAACGGUACAAAAGGUCAAUUCUUUAUUAUACCACAUUGCACCCAAUUACAGUCUCCGACAGCCUGGACUCGGGCGAUGUACACCCUGCUACGAACAACUGGGAGCAUGCGUCAGUCUUGUAUGUGAGCAUUUGGUCGCCGCCAGCGAUAAGCUUGACUCUGCCAUUCCGGUUCGAAUUGGGUACGACUAUAGCGAGCCCUUUGAAGGCGCGCCUAUACACUGGGCUAUGAGUCUGCUACUCGGUACAGGAGCGAAGAUUCUGCUACUUCUGUCGCUCUGCCUUCGGGGGUCAAUUAGGCAUGAGGUUAUUCCAAAUACACUGAUGCUUCAAGGUUGGACAAUGGACUACGAGAUGUUAAAGUGCAAGACGCGAAAACGGCAAAGGAAUGAAGAAAGAGAGAACGCAAUCAGGUACUCCCAAGAGUUCUACCGCAAAUCUCAGCCGAUUUUUGAGAAAUUCAGGCUGUGCCCGGUGCUGUACAUUGAAGACGUCGAGAUGCUCUUCUUGGGCGCCACAGGUGUCUUUCUCCAUCCCGGAAGUGCAGGCUUUCCAGCUUGUUUCGCUCGAUCACAUCACUUCACUCUUGUUUCCCAGGUUUCCGAAACUACAGUCCUCUCCCAGUUCUCUAAACAUCUAGAAGUUUCCGACCCGUAUCCAGAUAGGGGACUGGGAUUAGAAACUAUCGAGGAGACGCUCAAACAAGAUGCUCAUACCGCCUGCGAACGUGAGUUUCGCAAGAAACUCGUGCGCGCAUUGAAACUCAGUGUUCGAAAGAGCCUAGCACACAUCAAUGGCGAGAAAAGAUGUUUGUACUACACGUGCCCAGAGCCACAGGAGGUCCCGACGUCCUACUACUACCAUCACCAUUCCAGGUCGCUUAUCAACUAUGUGAUGAACCCCGUCGAGCCGAUAGAUCCACCAACACAUCGAGAGCAAGAACGAGAGAUGAACAUUACAGAUCAAACUCGCAACAUCCUACAGCAACUGAAAGUACUCUAUGAGCGGCCCGAAAAGACUUGGAUUCUGGACUUCGAGUACAUAUCUAUGCCGAAAAGGUAUUCGCCCAUUCCACUACAGCUUGCAAUCAGACAGCUAGAUGGGAAGUUGCUAUAUCAAGGAAAUAUCGAUUACGGGCUUUCUAUGAAGGAAUUCAUGGAUGUGACAUCCUCGUACGUAUCAGGCAAGCAUGGGAUGAUGGGAACUCUUUUUCUGAGAUGUUAUCGUGGGCUCAGUACCAACGGAGAGACGGCACUCCAGGUUAGAGACCAAAUCAUCAAAGUCUGUAGUUACAACCCAGAUGAUAUUAAGAUAUUAUCCUGGUUUGCUGCCCAAGACAUGCAGUGCUUCCUCAGGAUCUUAACUGGGUGCAAUGAGUUGGUACAACCUAAGAUCUCCCACGAAGGCCACAAGAAUUUCCAAACUAUCAACAUCGGAAUCCUUUGUGGAAAGUUAUUUCCUGGUCUCCUUUCGACAACUCUUCAGUCGGUACACGAAUUUUUGGGUGGAGCUAAAAGGUCUCACGGGGAAUACCAUACUGCCUCAUAUGACACCGAAGCGAUGGCGGCAAUAGUCAAAGCUCUUGUACAGUUGCUGUGA